ACGUUUGUCAUCCUCUGUACCUAUUUGGAGAUGUCCUUUAAGUUCCCAUCCCUGGUGACAGCCUGGGAAACACAAAAGCUCUAAUUAAAGACUGUCCUGAGCCACACUUUCUGGAGGAGCGCGGCCAAGCAGUGGCCCCACAACCUGCACCAAGACCUUUUUUUCGGGUCCUCCAGGGGUGCACUCAGGCUGGGGCUUAAACCCUGAUCCCUUUUGCGUGGGGGAGAGCAUUGUUCAUCCCAGGCCUGAUUAACGUCUCAAGCCGCGUUUGGGUUAAGAGGUAGACGGACCCGCUUACCACAAGGAAGACAAUACAGGCACAACUGCAUCUCAUGAACCACACUCAUGUGCCACACAGAGAUAUCCAGAGCAGAGACCUAGACGUGUCUCCAACGGGCUGGUUUGCCCCAGCUGCCCCGAGACAGCUACCUGCUCCUUAGUCUCUGGGAUCUGCUCAGAACUAGGCAGGGUCCUCUCUGCCACCCUCCCGUCAACACAGAGGGCCCAGCAAAGGGGGGAGAUGAUGAACAUAAGAAAGAGAACUCUCAAGUGGCUCACUUUCUUCCUGCUCCUCGUCUUCCUCACAUCCUUUGUCUUGAACUACUCAAGCACCGGGGUGCCCACUGCCUGGUUCUCCAAGCACAUGGUCCUGGGAUUCUCGGACAACUUACGCAAGCUCAUCAAGUCACAGCCCUGCACCUGUACACGCUGCAUCAGCCAGGGCAAGGUCUCAUACUGGUUCGACCAGCGUUUCAACAAGACCAUGCAGCCGCUGCUGACAGCCCACAACGCUCUGAUGGAAGAGGACACGUACCAGUGGUGGCUGAGGCUCCAACGGGAGAGGAAACCUAACAACUUGAGUGACACCAUCAAGGAACUGUUUCGCGUGGUGCCCGGGAGGGUGGGCCUGGUGCUGGGCAAGCGGUUGGUGGGUUGCCGACGCUGUGCAGUCGUGGGAAACUCUGGGAACCUGAAGGACUCCUCGUAUGGGCCUGAGAUUGACAGCCACGACUUCGUGGUGAGGAUGAACAGGGCACCCACGGUGGGCUUUGAGGCAGAUGUUGGGAGCAAGACCACCCACCAUCUUGUGUAUCCCGAGAGCUUCCGGGAGCUGGGAGAUAAUGUCAGCAUGGUCCUGGUCCCCUUCAAGACCACCGACCUGCAGUGGGUGAUCAGUGCCACCACUACCGGCACCAUUACUCACACCUACGUCCCUGUGCCCCCGAAGAUCAAAGUGAAACAAGAGAAGAUCCUGAUCUACCACCCAGCCUUCAUCAAGUACGUCUUUGACAGCUGGCUUCAGGGCCAUGGGCGGUACCCAUCAACCGGCAUCCUCUCCGUCAUCUUCUCCAUUCAUGUCUGUGAUGAGGUGGACUUGUACGGCUUCGGGGCAGACAGCAAGGGGAAUUGGCACCAUUACUGGGAAAACAACCCAUCUGCGGGCGCAUUCCGGAAGACCGGGGUACAUGACGCCGACUUUGAGUACAACGUCACCACCACCCUGGAAGCCAUCAACAAGAUUCGGAUCUUCAAGGGGAGAUGACGCUGCAACCCGUUAAGGAUGGACACACCGCAUCUCGCUCUCAACUUGCAGCCCCAGUGUCUCACUGGAGCCAUUUUGUUCUGGAAGCUUCCGGGGCUGGACUUGGGGUGUUCCCAGGCUUGCCGGCAGUCUCUUGCGCCCUCAUUUUGGUAGCAUCUAUUUGACAAAGUUGUCCGACUCUCCCAGGGUACCGAGCAAGUCUCAGGCCUCUCCAAGGUGGGAGUACUUCCCCACUGCUCUCCCCUAGCUGGGGGACAGUGGGACGACACUGGGAAAGGUCUAACCUCGGAAUAAUGGCAGUUAUUUUGACUUCUGGGGUGGGGAACAUAAAUCGUGGAGAUUCCUAUGUUCUCCUAUGUUCAAAAAGGUGGACAUUUCCCAGAAGUCAUUUACAGGCUGCCAUUGAACUGUAAGCCUCAUUCCCAGCUCAGACACUGGCUGGGACGUUUGUGACAGUUGUCUCCAGAGCAGAGCCACACUGGGCCACACCAGCACUGUUCGCCUUUGCAUGAAGCCUGGCCUGCCACUUGAUAUGACAUCCCCAUUGUCCCUUUCUUCCCAAAGCUCCCUGAUGAUGGCGGGCAAAGCUUCUGAUUGCCGAGGUCUCCCACAGAAACCUGGCGGCAGGAGGGAAGCCCUCUCAUCAUCCUGUGUGAUUACCUUCCGUGGUGAUAGGGAUGGUCGGAGCGGGUCUAACUACUUCCACGUGCCUUUGAACUUGAGGAAGGAUUGCAUGCAUUGGCUGACAUGAAGCAAGGUCCCCAACUGGAAAACGGGGACCUCGACCAGCGUCCCGCUUUGCUGUAUCUCUCACAAUCUCUUUUCAAAUGCACUCUGCAUCAGUCAGAGUGUGCCAGGCGUGGGACGGGUGCUCACUUCUAUUUCCUCAGACUAUUGGGUUCAGGACCACUAACAACCAGCAUCCUCCCUGGAGUCCUGAACACUGGGCUGAGUCCCUAGCAGCCACCUUCCUGGCGUCCUUGGGGGUCUCAAUAGGGACAUCCUAGGGCCACAACUGAAAAGCAUGUACCUUUUCUCCUUACUCCUGUCUGUUCUCCCAUCCUCCCUCUGUAGACUUGCUGUUAUUUAUUGAUUGGUUAAUUCAGCUGACCCUGUCUGUGCACACUCUUCACCAUCCAUCACUGCUCACAAUGCUUCUGUUGCCUUGCUUGGCAAAUGGGAGCAGAAAUGGAGAGGAAAGCCCCUGAGCUUCCUGGAUGUGUGUGUGUGUGUGUGUGUGUGUGUGUGUGUGUGUGUGUGUGUGUGUGUGUGUUGAGGCAUCUGGACAGGGUGCUUGCUGGUGAGCAGAACUGUACCACUGAUGAUCCCUCCUUUUGCAACCUACAUCACCUCCUUUUCUGGCACAGCUGACUUGCCUGCUUCCUCGUUGCAUAAGAGACUCAGCCUGGAACUCCUUGGUGAGGGAAUGGAGACAAGGGUGAAUGCACACUGGGUGGUAACUCUCACCUCCUUGCAGAUGUUCAAUGAGAGAAACCACUGUUUCUGUUGAAAGUAUCCCCUAAAGACCACCACAACUUCAUCAAGGCAGAACAUGAGAGAGGUAUCUUGAGGGUUGCGAGGUCUCCCCCUGCUCAGGUUCCCCUCUGCAAUAACAGCUCAGGGGCCUCAAUCAGGGGCCACACACAGCUUUGGUCCAUUCACGGGCAUCACCAAAGAGCGGACACCAAGAUUGCCACUUCCUAGGAGUCUGUCCUGUGAGUGGCUUUGCCGUAGCUUUUGUGCGGUUCUCAACGAUGCAGAAUCCAGGCUUUUAACAGAGGAACGUGAUGUUCCACUUUUAAAAUCUAUCUGACAUAAGACCA